ACAAGGUUCACGUCGCGUAGUAUAUAUUCUUACUACAAGAAAUAAUCAGUAAAUACCAUCUGUAGACACGAGCAUGAAUCCUCCUAAACAUUGACGAAAGUCUCUGAAAAAUGGAAGCACCAACACCUCAGUCAGCGCAGGAUACCACUAUUGCAUGCAAUCCGAUACAACUGAACGCAUUGAAGACAGCUGCUAAUAUUUUAUUUAAUGAGAGGAAAUAUGCUAAGGCAGUUGUGGCAUAUAGCAAAGCCCUUCAGGUAUCUCCGACGAGUGCAGUUUUGCUUGCGAAUCGUGCACUUGCCCACCUUCAUCUUGAAAACUACGCGAGCGCAUUUGAUGAUAGCUCGUUGGCAAUAAGGCUUGACCCUGGAUAUGUAAAAGGCUACUAUCGAAGAGGCUCGUCCAAUUUCAUUCUUGGCAAGUUUGGCAGUGCUCUGAAAGACUUUGAGAAGGUAGUGCAACUGCAGCCGAGAAACUUAGAAGGGAAAAAAAAAGUAAGAGAGUGUGAACUUGCACUGCGCAAGCAGCGCUUCGAAUAUGCGAUUCGAGUUCCAGAAUCUGUUCUGGUGAAAGUUUCAGAUUCUAUUGAACUUGACACAAUUACUGUAGAAAAUACAUACGACGGUCCUCGACUAGGAGAGAAUCACACUGUCACGGCCAAUUUUGUGAAAGAUAUGAUUCUUCAAUUCAAAAAUUGUAAAGCUAUUCACUUGCGCAGGUAUGCAUACGAAAUACUACUUCAAACAAAUUUACAUAUUUGUUCUGUUCCAUCUUUAUUGGGAAAACACAUUACUGUGUGCGGAGACAUACAUGGCCAGUUCUUCGAUUUGUGCAACAUUUUCGAGCUCAACGGGGAGCCUUCGGAGGAUAACCCAUACCUGUUCAAUGGUGACUUUGUGGAUCGUGGUUCAUUUUCUGUGGAAGUGGUCCUCACAUUGUUUGCCUUUAUGUGUCUAUGUCCUGAGAGUUUACGACUUAUUCGCGGCAAUCACGAAACAUCCGCUAUGAAUAAGCUUUAUGGUUUUGAUGGAGAAGUCCGAGCAAAAUAUAAUGGCAAACUUGCUGAUUUGUUCCAAGAGAUCUUCUGCUGUCUUCCACUGGGUUGUGUCCUUGGUAAGAAAGUAUUUAUCGUGCAUGGAGGUCUGUUCUCGAAAGACGGCGUGAAGGUUGAAGAUCUAAAAAGUAUUGACCGGUUCCAUGAACCUCCUGACGAAGGUCCUUUCUGUGAAAUGUUAUGGAGUGAUCCUUGCUGUGAGCCAGGUCGUUAUCCUAGCAAGCGAGGCAUUGGUAUAGCAUUCGGUCCUGAUGUCACGAAGAAAUUUAUUAUCGAGAAUAAUCUCGAACUUGUUAUUCGGAGUCAUGAAGUGAAGGAUGACGGAUUUGAGAUCGAACAUGAUGGCUCACUAAUAACUGUAUUCAGUGCUCCUAAUUAUUGUGACCAGAUGGAAAAUAAGGGAGCUUUCAUCCGUUUUGAGAGUGACAUGGUACCUCACAUCACCACUUUCAAUGCAGUGAACCACCCUCCUGUGCGUCCAAUGCAAUUUGCACCUCACAUAUUUUAGUGGCAAAUAUUCUCGAGGCAAAAGGAGAAAAAAAGUUGCUUCGUUGAUGUCUUCGGGAUUCGCUCACCCUGCGCAAUAAUUAUGCGAAUCAAGCUAACCAUAUAUUUGCAGUGCGGAGCACGUUCAGAAUUGGAACGAAUUGAAGAACUCGGUGAGUGAAAUGCAAUAGUUUCAAAAAGUGUCGUUUUGACACUAACAUCUCUUAGCAUUUUUACUCAUUUGUACAUGUUGAAGAAAUUGCUCACAAAGAUUGAAUCUUUCGUGAGCAAGUCCUCGACCAUAUCAUCAUCUUCGCGAUAGUUGUUCCUACUUCGAAAGCUCACAAAGAUUGAAUCUUUCGUGUGCAAGUCGUCGACACUUCGUCGACCAUAUCAUCAUCUUCGCAAUAAGUUGUUCCUACUUCGAAAUACCCCUGCUCCCGUACCGUCUGCUGGAAGGCCACUGCUACAUAAAUAGGGCAUUUUUGAUACUGGUGCACCAACAGAUCUUAGAUGCGCCGAAAAAUUACUAUCAAACACCAAGAUACAGCAGACGUCCGCAAGUCGCGUGGAAGAUAACUGUGACAGGACGAAAAUUCUUUUCGACACAGCGUGUACUGCUCUCACAAUUCCGAUUCCUACAAUGUCACGUAAUACACUGUGGCCUGGAAGGUUCUUCGCCAGGCCCACUACGCAGCCUGUCAAUGCUUCUGUUAUGCAUGACUCGGGAAGAAUGUUCCCAUAAACAAUGAUGUGAACAUCGGAUACAGAUAUGCUCCAAGGACUGGGUUGCGAAACAACCUCCGCGAACGAACCCCACAAAAAAUCGCGCCGAACGUUUGAUAUGCACGCAGAUGUUUUCGAGAAGAAAAGUCCAGAAGAGAAGCACCUAUCGGCAUGAGCUUGAACACAUUGCAAUCCCCACUGCAACCAUGCGGGCGAAACAAGAACGUGGCCAAACGGUCGCGAGCCCGAAGGC